AUGAGUGAAAGGAGAAGAUCUGCAGUCGCCCUGAGCUCCAGAGCACAUGCCUUCUCCGUUGAAGCCUUGAUCGGCUCAAAUAAAAAGCGGAAGCUGCGAGACUGGGAGGAGAAAGGGCUGGACCUGUCCAUGGAGGCGCUGAGUCCCGCAGGCCCACUCGGAGACACAGACGACCCGGCGACCCACGGCCUGGAGCCCCACCCGGAUUCUGAGCAGAGCACUGGGUCAGACUCCGAGGUGCUCACCGAGCGGACCUCCUGCUCCUUCGGCACUCACGCUGACCUGGCGUCUGGUGCUGCAGGCCCAGUGCCUGCUGCCAUGUCUACCAUGGAGGAGAUUCAGGUGGAGUUACAAUGUGCUGACCUCUGGAAGAGGUUCCAUGAUAUUGGAACGGAGAUGAUCAUCACCAAAGCAGGCAGGAGGAUGUUUCCUGCCAUGAGAGUGAAAAUCACUGGCCUGGAUCCCCACCAGCAAUACUAUAUAGCAAUGGACAUUGUGCCUGUGGACAAUAAAAGAUACAGGUGGCUCUUCUAUUACCUCUACGGUGAAAUCUCGGAGUCUUUCAGCUUGCUGAUUCCUCCGAAUUUUCAGAUCACCAGAUUAAAAAUUGACCGAAAUCCAUUUGCUAAAGGAUUCAGAGAUUCUGGAAGAAACAGAACUGGACUUGAAGCCAUUAUGGAGACAUAUGCAUUCUGGAGACCUCCCGUACGCACCCUGACUUUUGAGGACUUCACUACCAUGCAAAAGCAGCAAGGGGGCAGCACAGGUACUUCCCCAACCACCUCCAGCACCGGGACACCGUCUCCUUCGGCUUCUUCUCAUCUCUUAUCUCCAUCCUGUUCUCCUCCAACUUUUCAUUUGGCCCCCAAUACUUUCAACGUGGGCUGUCGAGAAAGCCAGCUGUGUAAUCUGAAUCUCUCCGAGUAUCCACCGUGUGCCCGAAGCAACAUGGCUGCCUUGCAGAGCUAUCCAGGGCUGAGUGACAGUGGCUACAACAGGCUCCAGAGUGGCACAGCUUCAGCCACUCAGCCCUCUGAAACCUUCAUGCCUCAGAGGACUCCAUCUCUGAUCUCAGGAAUACCAACACCUCCCUCGUUGCCUAGCAACAGCAAGAUGGAAGCCUAUGGUGGCCAGUUGGGGUCCUUCCCUACUUCCCAGUUUCAGUAUGUCAUGCAGGCAGGCAAUGCGGCAUCCAGCUCCUCAUCACCGCACAUGUUUGGUGGCAGCCACAUGCAGCAGAGCUCCUACAAUGCCUUCUCCCUGCACAAUCCCUACAAUCUGUAUGGAUACAAUUUCCCCACCUCCCCCAGGCUAGCUGCAAGCCCAGAAAAACUGAGCGCAUCUCAAAGCACUUUACUCUGCUCUUCUCCUUCCAACGGGGCCUUUGGAGAGAGGCAGUACCUGCCCACAGGGAUGGAGCACGGAAUGCAUAUGAUCAGCCCUGCAGGUAACAGUCAACAGGCUGCCAACACCUGCGAUGGGCGACAGUAUGGGGCAGUCCCAGGCUCCUCCUCCCAGAUGUCCGUGCACAUGGUUUAAGGAGCAGUCCAAGCACCAUGGAUGAUGGCAGUCAAGACUCCAGAAUCUCUGUGGGUGGAGCUUCCUCUUUGGGAAUCCCGUGCCUUGGGAAAAUAGGAAUUGUGCGUUUGUUUUUUUUUGUUUUUGGUUUUGUUUUUUUGUUUUUCUGGAUAAGGAAAACAGAGAAGAGCAAUAGAUACCACUGAAGGAUCCUUGGAGUGCAUCAUCCAUAACUCAGUGGUCAUUCUUCUGCCUCCCAAACUCUUAGUUUUAUAAAAAGCAUUGUGUAUGACAGAGUGGCCUUGAAGAGAUGAAUAAUCAUUUUAUAAUAAUAUUGAUGGAGAUGCUAGCAUGUAGCAGCCAAGAAAAGUUACACAUACAGACUCAUGCACAGACAGACAGACAGACACACACACACACAUACAAACUUACACGCCUAUAUUCAUCCACACACAUGCAUACACAAAGUUUUACAAACACAAACAUUCUCUACACUGACUCUGAACUGGGUGAACUCUAUGGAGGGAGGCCCAGAGUGGGUGCUUACAUCAACAAUCUGUCCAUAUACAACCCUAGAUGGAUUGGGUCUUCAUUAGCCAUUAGCCUUUCUCCUUUGCAGCUUACCAUGUUUCUGGAAUGAACCAUGUGCCCUAGAACCUCUCCACAUCACUGCGGUGGACAGACAUCAGCUGGACUUGGCUUCCUGAGAGAAAUGGCUUUGAAACUUUCGGCUCUCUUCAUUCAGUGUGCCAUCACUGACGUCCUAACAGUGCCUGUGGAAGGACAGGGUGAGAAGAGUUGAGAGAGAGAAAGAGAAUUGACAGCAGCAGAGGAAGCGGAUGACGAGACUGAGAAGAUGUGAACAAAUGAGGAGGUUGAAUUCGCCAAGGAGAAUAGUUUGGGUUUGGUUAGCCCCUAAAGUUUUAGAAAGAAUGAUGGUGUUAUUGGAGAGUAAGCCUCUUUGGGACUCAGCUUCUAGCCAAGGGUACCAAUGAGAAGGGUUAGGACAAGGAAUGCUGGAUUCCGCAGCUCUGACCACAAAGACCCAGGAGAGAGGUGCACCGAAUGGGAGUGCCAUUUCACGGCAGCCUGACAGGAUGAGGGAAACGGGUGUGGAGAUUGAAGAAUGACUUUAUCUCCCAGGUGAUACCAAAAACAGUCACGGAAGACAGGCUUAGCUUCAAAUGCCAGAUUCAAGGUGCUGACCUAGACGAUCUGCCCCUGGUCCCAUGCAAGAGAAACCCUGACACACCGGAGAGAAUUGCAGAUGGGUCUUCUGCCCCCUUUCUACCUGUCUGUAGCUCUCCAUUUUGAUCAAAUAGUUCGUUGCAUUCUGAAGUUUGGGGGUUGUUUUUUCUUUCUUUUUUCUUUCAAAUCCUUUAAUGAUAAGAAAACAAGUGAAGCUUGCUGCAAGCUAAAAUUUUUAAAUGUUGUGGAAACGCAAAUGAUACCAAGAAAGAUAAUACAGAUAUUAUUAAGAUUUUUUUUUGGUUUUGAGGUGUUGUAGAUAAAUGUAUUUAUAUGCCUAGUGGGGGUAUUCAAUAUUAUGAAUA